UGUUUCAUCCAUUCAUUACCCUAGGCCAGCUUAUAUAUAUUCACAAAUCUCAUCUCCUAGUAUCUCAACUCAGUCUCUAGCUAAGCCUAUUAUCCAUUUUCUCUGGUAAACAUAUUGUAAAGAAGAAGAAGAAAGGAAGAGAGAAAUGAAAGACCAGAAGAAUAAUAUUGUCAACGGUGUAGCGUCGUCGAGCUCACCUUCAUCGUCCACCACCACAACAACAAAUAGAACAAACAAUCCACUUGUAGUAAGAGCAGGAACAAUUAGGAAGAACAACGAUAGGAAUAGCCUUCAACAAAUUCUUCAGAAUAAUCUUCUCCUUCAACGUAGAAUUAAAGAAUAUAUUCUCUUCUCCAAGCUCAAGUCUAUGGUGCCUCCUCCUCAAGCCUUUCAAGAACAGAUAUCGGUAAGGCAUGAAGAAGCAACAGAAGUUGAUAUGGAGCUUCGUGAGAUCCCAUCAGCUGAGAGGGAUUCUGACGAAGAAAGCAAUGAAGAUGAUUUAGGAAAUAUUUCUAUCGACUACGACAGUGAUUUCGAGAAAGAUGGAGAUGAUGUUGAAUCAUUUUUGCCAUCAAUCAAGAUAAGUAAAAUAGAAGACUUGAUACUUAUCAAUACAACGGUUCUUAAGAAGGUUGCAUUAACUUCAUCUCUGUUCAGAAUUUUUGAAGAGGAAAACCUUGAUAUAGUGUUUGAGAAUCAAUAUAGAACUGAAUGCAAAGUUGCUCAUACUAUUCAAGUAAGAAUUCAACCAGAAUACAACAUUCAACUAUUGGAGAAGAGUCUUCGGAUGUGGGCAGGAUUAUAAUGAACUCAUAGAUCAACUAUUCACCAUCAUGUGUAAAUGGCCUUUUUAAUCCAUAAUUGCUAAAAUUCAAUUGGUUCGUUAAUAGAUUAGUUGCUUUUGUUUUUGUUUAAUCUUGUCAGUUGAAGUUCAGCUGUUUGAAAUAUGCCAAAUUACUGUUUGUAUUAUUUGACUAAUCAUGUGACCAUAAUUAGACA